UCCUUGAGAUUUUGGAGCAGAGCAGGACGGACACAAUCACGGGGAAGGGGAAAGAACUGGUAGGACCAGAAAAAGCCAGCAGGAGAACUUUGAAUGACUUUGAAUGAGCUGCUGCGCAGAAAGAUUACCUGAACCUUCAACAUCUAUAUUUUAUUAAUCUGCAUCUUCCAGUACAUCUGUUGGCUUUCCACAACUACAAGCUUAAAAACUCCACAAAGACUUUGGAUCACUCUCUGGACUGACUGAACAAGUUAGAGUACGGCAGAAAAACACUGAGGGCACUGAGCUGCACUUGGCAGCUCCAAAAGCAAUGGCAGAGUGCACACCGGAUGUAAACCCCACCAACGUGAUCCAGAAUCCAGAGGCUGACAUAAAGGAGCUGAGUGAGGUUUCGGCUGAGUCUGCAUCAGCGGGAGCAGCCAAAGUCAGACCUGCAGACGUGGGGCUGAUUCGAAGUUUGUCCAAGUCAGACUCUGAUUUGUUGGCAUCGCCACUCGGAGAGGAGGAUGGAGGUCUGGUUGGCCGAAGUGGGUCUGUGUCUAACUGCAGCUCUGGGCAGCCAUCCAUGGAGCGCAUGCCUUCCUUUGCCUCUGAGUGGGAUGAGAUUGAGAAGAUCAUGAACUUAAUUGGAGCAGGAAUUGAAACAUCCAAAAACAAGCAGCCCAUACCAAGUUCAGAUGGGGCCUGUGGUAAAGCCCUGGACCAGCCGGUGGGAGAGUGGCUGGAGCACGUGGGGCUGCCGCAGUACGAGAGCAAGCUCCUGCUCAAUGGCUUUGAUGACCUACGAUUCAUGGGAAGUAACGUGAUGGAGGACCAGGAUCUCAGAGACAUCGGGAUCACUGAUCCAGGACAUCGAAAGAAAAUCCUCCACGCGGCACGCAGCUUGCCCAAGGUAAAAGCACUGGGGUGUGAUGGCAGCACAUCUCUUGCCACUUGGUUGGAUGGCCUUGGCCUUCAUGAAUAUCUGCCCAACUUUCUUGCCAGCGGCUACCGCACACUGGAGUGUGUUAAGAACCUGUGGGAACUGGAGAUCAUCAAUGUUAUUAAGGUUGGUCCUCUGGGUCACAGGAAGAGGAUCAUUGCCUCUCUAGCAGAGAGACCCUAUGAAGAGGCUCCGUCUAAGUCCCGCCGUCUGUCCCCAAUUAUGUUCCAUGACCUCCUAUCCCAGACCACAUCUCCCCUCAGUCAGCUGGACCCCUACACCAGUCGCUCCAUGGACAUGCUCCUUCCCCUGACAGAGUCAGAUCGGAGGCGAAGAGGAGUCGACCAAGACUGUAGUGUAUCUCUGCGUUCUUAUAGCGAGAGGCCACGUUCUGUAGACAGACACAGCGACCGGCAUAAAGAGUCUCGUUUAAACCUCCGGCCGCCGAGCCACUCUGCUACCUAUGCCACGGUCUCCGCCUGGCAUCACCAGCCUGAGAAACUAAUUCUGGACUCCUGCGGGUACGAGGCAACAUAUCUAGGAUCAUUGAUAAUCAGGGAUCUACGAGGGAUUGAGUCCACACAAGAUGCCUGUGCUAAAAUUAGGAAAUCCAAGGACUCCAAAAAGGGUCCAGUUGUCAUACUGUCCAUUACCUAUAGAGGUGUUAAGUUCAUUGAUGCAGCCACAAAGACUAUAGUAGCAGAACAUGAGAUCAGGAACAUCUCAUGUGCUGCGCAAGACCCAGAUGACCUCUGCACAUUUGCAUAUAUUACCAAGGAUCUGAAGAGCGGCCACCACUUCUGUCAUGUCUUCAGCACUGUGGAAGUGACACAGACCUACGAGAUCAUCCUAACGCUGGGACAGGCAUUUGAGGUGGCUUAUCAGAUGGCGAUUCAGUCCAGGGCGAGACACUACAUGCCUCCUUCAUCUCUGGGCUCUGAGGUCAUAGACACCAAAACCAGCCGUCCUGUAUCUCAGUCCUGGAGCAGCAUGCGAAGAUCAGCAGGUGCCCCUCUGCUCGAAUGCCGCUGCUGUCACUGUCACACGUGUACUACCCACCGUCCUUCCUUCCUCCCGUUGCACUCUGUUAGCCCUGGAGUCCAGAUCGACCCCCUGGAGAUGGACCCAGACAUGCAGUCCCUGGGCAGCACCACCUGGCUCUUGGACCAGCGGGACGCCAACAGGCGCCCUGUCAGCACCAAGUACGAGACCACCAUAUUCUGAGGCCGGACUCCCACAGCCGCCCCUCUGCACCCUCCUGUAUUUUCCUCUGCCCCUGCAUCCGGUUCUCUAUUUAUCUCUCACACUCACACAUAUAUACAUGUGAGCCCCGUGCCUUCUCACUGUGAUGGUAUCGCAUCCCUCAGGGCUGCCUACUCCUGCACCCUCCUUUGCCCUGCCCAGCGACCCAAACCAACCUCCUACCUGCCAUGACAAACACUCCUGCGGCUCCCCCAUGCCUCCCCAACACCCCCUGGCAGCCUCCGUCGCCUGUUGCUGCUACAGCCAAUGGCGGAGCUCUGGAACGGAUGAUCCUGGACUGAUCUCAUUUUACAGUGGCCCCGCUCUCUCAACCAAACUGCCUCUUCCUCCUCAUCCUCCUCUUCCUGACAACUUGCAUCUGCCUCCAAAUCCCCAAUAGCUCCCAGAGGUUGCAUCUUUAUUAUUCUUCCUCUUUCAAGCCAUUUUUUUUUUAAAUUGAUUCUCCACAGGCAAAACAGGCAUGCUCAUUUUUUCUAUUGCUCUGUCUAGACUUCACACUGGCUAAAGCCUGUCCUGUCUUACCAGGCAUCUACCACUGUGAAGCACUAUGAGGAGGCUGCUUUGAUAGCAUGGGAUGCAAGAUGGACAAUUAAUCAAUGAAAGACAAAACAGCAACAUGCAGCAAACAACUUGUGUUUUCUUUUUGUUGUUGUUGGGGUUUUUUCUACGCAUUUGUACAAUACUCAUAGAAAGACCACAAGGAAUCGGUCACGAAUCUAAUCACUGAUGUCUGGACUCAAAACGGACCAAAAACUGAGACCUCGUAAACUCACACAAUUACACACAUACACACCCAGAAGGACAAUAUCAAGGACAACAGCCUUACAUCAUUACGGUUAUCUAUAAUCAACUAAAAUCCCCUGACCUGCCCGAACACCACCACCCAACAACUGCACGCCUCCAC